AUGGGUCCGCGGCGGGGGACGACGGACGCGGAUGACGGGGCGCGGAUGGACGGCGCGCGGGCGGAGGUGGCGCUGACGCGGGCGCCGGAGUGCGCGCUGACGUGGAGCGAAAACGGGGCGUACGCGGUGCGAGGGACGAUGACGGUGCGAGGGGUGAGCGCGACGAGCGUGUAUAAUUUGUUGACGGAUUACGAGGCGUCGCCGAGGGCGUUUCGGGCGGUGCGGAGCGUGCGGGUAAUCGAGUGCGAGGGCGACGCGUGCGUGGCGACGAACGUGUACAUCGAGCAGGAGUGCGAAUGGAAGUUUUUUGUCUUCGGUGGGGCGUUCCCGACCGCGUUUGAGGUCGAGGAGAGGGAUGAGGAGUUGAAGAUGCGGUGCUCGCUCGCGCCGGGACGGCGGGGGACGGGAUUUUUGCGGGACUUUGAGGGCGCGUGGGCCGUGGAGGACGGCCCGGAGGGGGUGCGCAUCGAGCAUACGCUCAUGGUCAAACCCAAGUUUACGCCGCCGUACGCGAGCAAGGUAUUCGUCCAACAGGUGGAUCAGAUUUUACAAGAUCUCUUGGUCGAGAUAGAGAGCUGGAACGGAGCGCCGUACGACGCUCCGCCGCAUCGUAGGGGAUAG